AUGCUUCCUGCAUAGUAAAAAGACCUAUUUGGUCAUUCUAAUUAAGGAGAAAACUAUGAUAAAUUCAGACCUGUAUAUCCUUAAGAAUUCUUCGAUUAGAUAUUAAAGCAUGCUGUGGAUCGUGAAAACUUUGUUGAUAUUGCUUGUGGAACAGGCUAGCUACUUUUUGAAUUGAGUAAUCAUUUUAAAUUCAGCUUAGGAACUGAUAUAUCACCAAAGUAGAUAGAAGUUACUAACUAAAAAAUCUAAAAGAAGAACCUUUAAGAUAGAGUCAAAGCUAUUGUUUGUGAUGCUCAUUCUUUAUCAAAAAUUUCAACUGAAUAGGGUUUACCUUCUAAGUAUGACCUAAUAACUAUCGGCUAAGCUUUGCACUGGUUUGAUACUUAAGAAUUCUUCACAGAAGUUAGUAGGAAUAUCAUGAAACAAAAUCAUAGCAGUAUAUUUGCUGUUACAGGUUAUUUUUGCAGGGGAUUUGAUUACAUAGUUGGUGAAAAUAAUUUUGAAGAAGAUCAAACAGUUUACAAUGAAUUUUAUGAUAAAGUCAAAGAGCAUUUUGAUUGUGAUAGAGAAAACCUCUCACUAGGAUAUGUAGGAUAUGAUUUUUCUAAAGAAUUCAAAGAGAUAGAAAAUGUACAAACUGUAACCAAUACUCCUUGUUCAAUAUUUGAGAUGGUAAAGUAUUUAAAAACUUACAGUGCUUAUAAUACUCUAUUAGAAAAGAAUAAAAACAAUACUAAUUUUAUUGAUCCAGUUAUAAAAUUUGAAGAGGAUGUUACUAAAAAGGUUUAAGAAAUUUAAAAGACAAGCUAAUUCUAAUCCUAAAAUCCAAUAAGAAUGAAAACCUCCUAUUUCUUAAGAAUAUUUAAAAAGCUUUGA